AUGCGGGGAUUUGAGGCAUCGGGCCCCGGUGCUAUCUAUGGUCUUCCCUCGACCCUCACCACUUCCGUGUUAAGCACCAGCACUCCCACGCCUUCAUCCUUCCCAAGACCGAACACCGACCUGGAGAUAGUCUCCCAUAAUAUUGAAAAUGUUCUCCGUUCCGUGUCCGCGCAGUUCGAGCGUGAUCACAGCCUGGUCUCCGUCAGUGGCAACUCGUCCGGCUCGACCGGAAAGGGAAUCCUGAUCGGCAUUCUCUCUGCCUUUGGUUCUGCGGGGGUUGCGGUUCUUAUCUUGGCCUUGUUUUUCUUUUUCAAGUAUACAAGCCGUGGUCGGAUUAUCUUGGAUCGCAUUGGUCGGCCGGGUGAAUACGAUGAUGAACAGGCGUUUUUGCGCGAAGAGGCGGAGGCUCUGGGGAUUAUGGAUGAUAUUUCGCGGUCGGAAUACAUGAGAGCGAAAGCCUUCGUCGAUGCCAACCCUCCCGAAUCGGUGCAAACCGAUAUCUCGCUGUCUCAGUUCCUUGCCAUCCAAGAAAAAGGUGUCUCCGCGUGGGAAUUUCAGCCAGAACUUGAAAUCGCCAAUUGUUUUGUCGAGGCUCGGACAGAGAUUGAGUUCUUUGAUUCCGAAUGUAGCGUCCAGGCAAAUCUUCCUGUGCCCAAGCAAAACGACGUCUACUACUGGGAAGCGAAGGUCUUUGAGAAGCCCGAGACUACUCUAGUCAGUAUUGGCAUGUCAACAAAGCCAUAUCCGUUGUUUAGAUUGCCAGGUGGGUUAAUUCAAAGAUUACUUUCACAUUUGAGAGACUUCCUAACAUUUUGUUCCUAUCCAGGCUUCCACAAAACGUCCGUUGCAUACCUGUCGACCGGUCAUCGCAGAUUCAACCAACCGUUCACACCGACCCCGUAUGGCCCUCAACUCGCACAAGGUGAUGUUGUUGGUGUGGGAUACCGGCCUCGGUCAGGCACGAUUUUCUUCACUCGCAACGGUAAGAAGAUGGAAGAGGUGGUCCACGGUCAGAAGGUGCCCAACUUCUUCCCAACAAUUGGCGCGAACGGCCCCUGCUCUGUCCAUGUCAACUUUGGUCAGAUGGGAUUUGUAUUUAUCGAAGCCAACGUCAAGAAAUGGGGACUGGCUCCGAUGACUGGCAGCCUAGCACCACCCCCGCCGUAUGGAAGCGAACACGGCAGCAUCUUGCUCGAGUCUGGUCGAGAGAGUGCAGCGCAGAUCUCUCAUCGGGUCUACCAGAAUGCCCAUUACGCCCAUGCCGAUUCAACUGUUAGAAUUGCGCCGUCUCCUAGCCCCGGACCCGUCCGAUCGCCAACCGACAUCUCGCUCGCACAGCUGGCUCAUGUGCCCUCCCAGGAAGAUAUUGGCGAAGGAUCAAGUCAUGUCGAAGAUGACGAGCGUACCCAUCUUUUGAAUCAGGAAGAUAUUGAUAACAUUCCGCCUCCUGAAUAUACUAGCCCCGAGGGCAGUCGCCGAGGCAGUGAUGCAUCGCAACAUCCGCCGAUACCCAGUUACGAUGCUGCUGUGGCUGCCCAAGAUCGUCACUUGCAAGAAAAUCAAGAAAAUCAAGACCGCGACAAUGAAAACCGUUAA